GAGAAAAAUAUAAAAUUUGAGUAAUUAAUAACUUUGAAGUUAAGAAGGAGAGUAAUUAUCCUAGUUUGGUGCGCAGUGGCAGUGAGCGAAUAGGUUGGCAUGGUUGUGAAUUGUGAUGGCUUCAUCUUCUUCUUCUCAACCGGAAUGUUUAUUAUCUGAAGAAGAUUUCGACUUAAUCCAUGGCUCUGAAUCUGGUUGGGUCCAAGCUCGAACUUCAUGCCAUCAUCUCGCUUACUUAUCCUCUGAUCUUACCCACAUUCCAAUCCCUAAUACUCCCUGCAACAGGUGCCAACACCCAACUGAAAACUGGCUUUGUUUGUCGUGUAAGGAAGUGCUAUGUGGCCGUUUUGUGAACAGGCAUAUGCUCCAGCAUUUUCAGGAUACUAAUCACAGUGUUGCCCUCAGUUUCAGUGAUCUAUCAGUAUGGUGCUUCUCUUGCGACGCUUACUUGGAUGCUCAAGUUAUUCUGCAAUUACGUUCUGUUCAUGAAGUCGCUUACAUAUUGAAAUUUGGUGAGCCUCCACCGCUUGGAGCAAAUCAACCUCCUGCUUCUGGAGAUGACCAGGCUGAAGCCUGAAGGUUUGUCUAGGAGUUGACCAUGGUUUAUUAUCUGAAUAUCAUGUAGUUUUGGAGAGUAUUAAUGAUUCUAUACAAUUGAGUUUGGAUCUUGAUAAGUCCUACAUCACAUUUGGAUUAGCUGUUUUAUAUUUUCGCUUAUUUGAAGUAGUGCCUCGUAAAAUAUCUUGUUUGAUGUUUGAAUGUCAUACAACUCUGGAGAGUCAAAGGAUUUUUAUUGGCAAUUCAGUCUAUAUGAUUUUGGUUGUCCAUGUUUUGCCUACAAUAAGGAAUUUUAAAUUAUAACGUUUAGAGAGUGGAAACUUAGGUCUACUAUAGUACAAAUGCUUAAUUACAAUUACCUGUUUUGCUCCCUCCUACGCUAAUGUACGUGUUUCAGAUAUUUGGAAGUGCCAACAUUAUUCUCUUGAUAAAUUGAAAAGAAAACUAGAUAUAAGAAAACAGAAGAACCAGAUCACAAGUGGUUGUCAUGGCUUCUAUGACCGAAGCUUUGAAAACUUCGAGGAUGGACUGAAGAUAAAACUAAAGAUGAUAGAGGAAAGAAGCAACACUAAAGAUGGAAAAUGAAACACUUUGAUCAAAUGAAGUGUUUAAUGAAAGUAGGGUUGGGAAAGAACAUUUCCACUAAGUGAAAAAAAUGUUGACAAUAACAUUUUUGUCUUUGGACAAUGGAUUUGGCUCCUCUAGAGGUUAUCAAUUCUCAUGGAAAGAAUACAUCAACAUUAUUCUCACUCUUUCAAGUGGGUAUGACGUUGAACAUGUUAUCGUUGUGGUAUAAAAUAGAAUCUUUAUCUAAUGAAAUUCAUUAUUGUACAAUGAAUUUUUAUUUUCCUCUUUAUACUGGUAUGUGUUUUUAAUACUAAACAAUGAUGAGAAAGUUCGUAAUA